AUGAGUUCUCAACAAAAAGAUAUUGAACUAAGCCCUGUUAAGGUUGAAUUAGCCCAAAAAAAACAAGUACCAGAAUCGGGACAUCAUGUGGAUGAUGAAGAAGAUAUUAUAAUUGGUCGUUUUCGAAAAAUUAGUUCGGCUAAAUCUAUGGCUGCUACAAAUGGCAAUAUCCAGUAUCCAACAGAUCUCCCUAAACCAGAAGUUGAUCUAGAAGCUGGCUUGCAAUUCAAGACGAGUUCAGAUACUAAAAAUCAAUUGGAAAAAUCUAAUCAUGGUACUAGGACACGAAAAAUGCCUGUAACCAAGAGCAGUUUUCGGGAUAUUGAGAAGCCGUCUCGGUUUAAAGAUCAACCAUCUGCCACAAGGUUUCAGAUGGAGGCGGAGCAAGAAGAAGGUUCAGAGUCUGAAGGUUCUGGUAUGGACAGCGAUGAUCCUCUCACCACGCAGACUGAUACUAAGUAUGGCAGAAGUUUUAGACAUUUCACCCGCGAAGCGCUGCCAAGAUUGGAUAACUACAGGAAUGUAAUGUCGCUUCACGCCGCGCCUCGACCGACAUUGGAUGAGCUUCAUAAUGCAUCGUUGUCACGGAAGCCAGGCCAGACCCUGGAGAAGGAUAUGAGAAAUUUGGCGCCUCCCACUUCGAACAUCAAGUUUGGCUGGAUCAAGGGGGUCCUGAUGAGAUGUCUCCUCAAUAUUUGGGGAGUUAUGUUGUUUUUGAGAUUGUCGUGGGUCGUCGGUCAAGCUGGUAUUGGCCAAGCAAUACUGCUCAUUAUGACAACAUCUAUAGUAACAACAAUCACAGCUCUGUCGAUGUCCGCAAUCAGUACGAAUGGCGUUAUUAAAGGAGGUGGAACAUACUACAUGAUAUCCCGCUCGCUAGGCCCAGAAUUCGGUGGGUCCAUCGGUCUGAUAUUCUCAAUGGCGAAUGCCGUUGCAUGCGCUAUGUACGUCGUAGGAUUUGGAGAGUCUCUUAUCACUUUGAUACCCGAGUCAGCUUAUAUGGUCAGCAAGAGCUGGGACCAAGCAAUAUACGGUUGCAUAACAAUAGUUCUCUUAACCGGUAUAGUGGUUGUCGGUUUGGAAUGGGAAGCUAAGGCCCAGAUAGUCCUCCUGAUAAUACUUUUGGCGGCCAUUGCUGACUUCUGCAUCGGUGCGAUCAUUGGACCUACUGGCGAUGGGGAGAUCGCUCAGGGCUUUGUCGGGUUUAAUAUGACAGUGUUGCAACAAAACAUGGCACCGGACUACAGGUUCUUUGAAGGAGCGGAACACAACUUUUUCUCCGUCUUUUCGAUAUUCUUUCCGGCUGCGACAGGAAUUCUGGCUGGUGCAAAUAUCUCAGGGGAUUUGAAGGAUCCGCAAAAAUCGAUACCAAAGGGAACACUGUUGGCCAUACUUCUAACUACAAUAUCGUACGUGGUGAUAGCCAUAAUAGCGGGCUGGUGCGUCCUACGGGACGCGUCCGGAGUCGUUGCGGACGUGCCCUUUGGGAAUAUUACUGCGUGCGUACACGACGGGAGCUGCGGUUAUGGGCUUCAUCAUAGUAAUGAUGUAAUUCGAUUAGUGUCAGCCUGGGGUCCACUCAUAUAUGGAGGCUGCUUUGCGGCAACACUAUCAUCAGCUCUGGCUUCACUCGUUUCUGCACCAAAAGUUUUUCAGGCGUUAUGUCAAGACAAGCUGUACCCGUAUUUGGAAUUCUUCGCAAAGGGCUACGGCAGUACCAACGAACCAGUUCGCGGAUACGCGCUCACUUUUAUAAUAGCAGUUGCCUUUAUUCUUAUGGGUGGUCUAAAUCAAAUAGCACCGUUAAUAUCGAAUUUCUUCUUGGCUGCGUAUGCGCUGAUUAACUUUGCGACAUUUCACGCAAGUCUCGCGAAGCCAGUGGGGUGGAGGCCGACGUUUAGGCUCUACAACAUGUGGCUAUCCCUCGUGGGGUCGAUGGUGUGUGUGGCGAUAAUGUUCGUCAUCUCGUGGAUAACGGCCCUCGUGACUAUCGCAUUCCUACUGGCGCUAUAUCUUCUAGUAUCCUAUAGGAAACCGGAUGUCAACUGGGGUUCGACGACGCAAGCGCAGACAUAUAAAACGGCUCUCUCGGGCGUACAUCAACUCAAUCGAGUCACUGAACACGUGAAAAAUUACAGACCUCAAAUCUUGGUACUGGCUGGAUUUCCUGGUGAGCGGGCUCUGCUGACGGAUUUCACAUACCUCCUUACUAAGGGAUUGUCCCUUAUGCUGUGUGGACAUAUUGUACAGAGUCAAAUAAACCAUCGUACCCGAGAAGCGUUGACGAACAGGGCCUAUCACUGGUUUUUGAAGCGGAAAAUUAAGUCUUUCUACAGCGUCGUUGACGGAGUCGACCUCAAAGAUGGCGCUAGUGCACUUAUACAGGCUAGCGGUUUAGGAAAAUUAAAACCGAAUAUUUUGUUGAUGGGUUUCAAAGAGAACUGGCAAAGUUGUAACAUAGAUGAAGUGGCGGACUAUGUCGAAAUCAUGCAUAAAUCGCUGGAUGUCCACAUGGCGAUAGCUUUACUUCGCGUUGAAGGUGGCUUGUACAGCAGCGAGACGCUGGAUGAUGACCUACAAACGUGCUUGCACGAUCUCAACGCUAAGGACGCGUCCGUUGUUUCACGUUCGAUGGGAGACAGUCUCAAGGAGUCGAAAUCGAGUGAGAGUUUAAACACACACUCUAGAGGUAGUAGUAUGUCUGACCUAUCCCUGGGUUCGCCGGAGCACGUGUCACGAGACCCGGGUGCCAAACCUGACAAAACUACUGACAGUUGUAAGAAUAGCAAAGGUAUUGGCCGUCGUAUCGGAAUAGGUGCGGCUCGGCGGGCGUCUUCGUUCACAUCUGUAGAACAAUUUACGCGAAGACAGAAUGGCACGGUCGAUGUAUGGUGGUUGUAUGAUGAUGGAGGUUUGACGCUGCUCCUACCAUACAUACUGUCAACGCGUCGCGCCUGGGCUUCUAGUCCUCUGCGCGUCUUUACACUCGUCAAUAAGAAUACGGAAAUGGACAUUGAAGAACGGAAUAUGGCGUCGCUACUUUCCAAGUUUCGUAUAGAUUACUCAGCGUUAAAGAUGAUCUCGGACAUCACAAAGAAGCCAAAGGAGUCGACGCUGGCUUACUUCGAGAAAUUAAUUGCGCCCUUCAAAGUACCGGACGACACGCCUGAUAAUGGUGGAAUAUCAGAAGCCGAUUUCUUAGCGGCUCGCGAUCGGACCUAUCGUCAUUUAAGAUUACGCGAAUUAAUCGGCGAACAUUCGCAUAACGCUCGCCUUGUUUGUGUGACGCAACCGAUGCCCCGACGGCGUGGUGUGCCCGCACCUUUAUAUAUGGCUUGGUUGACCGCUAUAGCUACAGCUGCUAAACAGACUCUGCUUGUUAGAGGAAACCAUGCUGCUGUUUUGACAUUCUACUCGUAA